AUCAAGAGAUGAGUUCGGUACAAAACAUAAUGAUGAUGGAGAAGAGAGUAUGUGAAGAGGUUGACGAUGAAGAGGAGAAAUGGGUGAAGCAUUACUCGUCGCUUCAUCACAUUCUUUUGGUCGGAGACGGAGACUUUUCUUUUUCUCUCUGUCUCGCCAACUCCUUCGGCUCCGCUUCCAACAUUGUCGCUUCUUCUCUCGAUUCAUUCGAUAGGGUGACAAGGAAGUACAGGAAUGCGAAAUCGAACAUAGAGAAAUUGAAACAUUUAGGAGCCACAGUUCUGCAUGGAGUGGAUGCUAUCAAAAUGAAGCUUCAUGCUGAUCUCCGGAUGAGAAAAUUUGACCGCAUCAUAUUCAACUUCCCCCAUGCUGGUUUCCAUGGGAAGGAAGACUCCAGCAGCUUAAUCCAAAUGCACAGGAAAGUUGUGAGUGGAUUCUUUAGAAGUGCAAGCGGCAUGCUGCGAGCAGAGGGUGAAGUGCAUGUCAACCACAAAACGACUGCCCCUUUUUGUCAUUGGGAUAUCACUGGAUUGGCAUUGAACAGUUCUCUGGUUUUGGUUGAUUAUGAUGAUUUCCACAUUACUGAUUACCCAGGUUACAGCAACAAGAGAGGAGACGGUCGUCGAUGCGACGAGCCUUUUCCAUUGGGACAGUGUGGCACAUUCAAAUUCAUCUUCUCCCCACAUGCAGCAAAGAGGAAUCCCAAUCCUCCUGCAAGUCAUUGCUAUGGCAGAUCAGCAGCUCAAAGGCCGCCUCCUCCAAUACUGCAACCACAACAGCUCUCUGCUCCAUCCCAUUGUGCUGCUGCUUCUGCAAUUCUCAAACCCUUUGAGAAUGAAUGUUACCAGUUCUUUGGUGGGUAUUUUAAUCAUGUUCUGGCAACAUUUGGAAAGCUGGAGCAUGACAUUCAAGCGUCUGUUCGCCAAGGAAUCACACAUGCCUAUAGGAAAUACAUGGCGGAAAAGGGAGGAAGCAGCUGCAGCAGCUUUAAUGGUUACAUCAAUCUACUGGAACAACUCCUGAAUUUGAGCAAAAUGAGAUCAGAAUGGCUGAAAAAUAAUCUGUUUUACCUUCACCAGCAGCCACUAAUGUGAUGAUGGCGCCUUGCCAUCAUGCUUGCUUGCUUCAGGAUGUUUUUGUUAUCUUAUGUUUUUGCACAAUAUCUAGACGGGCUUACACAUAUAUGCACCGCACAUGACUCGUAAGCCGUGAGGGGUUGGAACUUUAUUUUGCUCCUACCUUAAUCUCCAAAAUCCAAAUGGUUUUAAAAAUAAUGGCUGUUUAGAAUGGGAAUGCUUUAAUUUAUUAUACUCCGUACGUUAUUUUGGUGAAUGUUUCAUGCUCUCUUAGCCUCAGUCAGUUAGCUUCUGGAAAUGUGGGAAUAAAAAAUAAGUUCUGAAGAAAAAAUCGCUCUUUUUCAGAGGUUCUUAAUGCUUG